CCUUGCUCCUUGUGCUACUACCGCCACCGCCUUGUUUCCUUCCUCUCUCCUUCCUGCCUUCCAUCUCCUGCCCUCUGUUUCCUCUUUCUCUUGUCUCCAGGAAGGGAAAACAAAAGGGUUCAAUUCAAUAAAGCAAAAGGCAGCAAGCAAGUAGCUUAAUAAGUAGCUCUGUGGCAGAAGGAAGCAAAAGCUGAAAGAAAAAAAGAAAGAGAGAGGAGGAGAAGUGGGGAAGUGUUCUUCUUGAUCAAGGAGCCUCUUUUAUUCAAACCCAUCUCCCCAAGUUUCUGCCUUUUCACAUUUGUUUCUCUUCCUGGGUCUCUCUACUCUUUCUUCUCUGCUUAUCUCACUUCUGAAGCCAAACCCUUCAAAACUGCCCACUCUCUUUGUUCCUUUGCUUUUCUUAUACUCUCUCUCUUCUUUUUUUACAAUCUUUGGCUCUCUCAGCUGAAAGAGUGAAGCUUAAUUGUGUUUGUUUGGAAGUAUGACGAGUAAACAAGAUGGUAUGAAGAUGCAGACUUUUGUUCUGAGGGUGAAUAUUCAGUGUCACUGUGAUGGCUGCAAGUCCAAAAUCAGGAAGAUGCUGCAAAAAACUGAUGGGGUGUAUACAACACAAGUGAACGCUGAACAAGGAAAGGUGACUGUGACUGGGAACGUUGACCCAAUGAAGCUCAUAAAGAAACUUGAGAAGUCUGGUAAACAUGCUGAGAUAUGGGGAGGUGGAGGAGGAGGAGGGGGAGGGGGAAAAGGGUCAAACAAUUUCCAGAACAUGGUCAACAACCAGUUCAAGAAUAUGCAGAUGGAGAGUGGGAAAGGAGGAAAAGGAGGCGGUGGAGGAAAAGGCGGCCAUCCACAACAACUACAGCAGCAGCACCACCAGAUCUUGCAGCAGCAGCAGCAACAGCAGUUCAAAGGGAUGCCUAAAGAUUUCAAGAUGCCACCACAAAGCAAGGACAUGAAGUCAGUGAAGUUUAACUUGCAAGGCCAGCAUCAGCAGCAGCAUAAUAACAAGCAUGGUGGGUUUGAUGAUGACUUGGAUGACGAUGAUGAUGAUUUUGAUGACGAUGAUUUUGACGACGAUGAUGAGGGUAGCGAUUUCGAUGAUGAGGAUGAAGAGUUUGGUCAUGGCCAAGGUCAUGGUGGACAUGCUCAAGUUCCUAACAAGAUGAUGAUGCCUAAUAAGAUGAUGGGUAUGGUGGGUAAUGGCCAUGGAGGACCAAUGGGGAUGAUGAACAUAGCUGCGUUGAAUGGAGGUCGUGGUGGGAAUGGGAAGAAAGGAGGCGGUGGUGGAGAGUUUGAGGCCAGCAUGGGUAAGAAAGGUGGUCACUUUGAGAAUGGGAAGGGGGACAGUGGAGGGAAGAAGGGUGGAGAUAGUGAUGGGAAGAAGAACAAAGGAGGUCAAAAACAGGAUGGGGGCAAAGACAAGGGUCAAAAGGAUGAGAAAAGCAAGAGCAAAGGGGGGAUGAUUGGUGGGUUGUUUGGCUUCGGAAGCAAGAGCAAGAAAGAGAAAAAAUCCCAUGAUGGGAAAGGUGUCAAUCUCUCUGAGUUUGAAGACUUUGGCAGCACCAAGAACAGCAAGGGCAAACAUGGUGGUGGUGGAGGAGAUGGUACAAAGAAGGGUGCAGCUGCAAACCAUCCAGGCAAUGGGGCCAAAAAAGGUGGAGGUAAACCAGAUGUGGCCCAUGAUCUCAAACAAAUGAAAGGGUUUGGCGAGAUGGGUGGUGGUGCCAGAAACAUGGGCCAGCAAAUGGGCUCGAUGAGCAAUUAUGGUGGAGGAAUGGGGGGUAUGCCUAUGCCUAACCCUCAUCAUCCUGCUGCUGCAGCAGUGCAAGGUAUGCCUGCUGCAAUGAAUAAUGGUGGUCGUGGUGGUGGCAAUGGCGGUGGAGGGUACUAUAACCCGUAUCAAGGAAUGGGGCAGCAGGUCAACCCUUACGGACAGCAGCCACAGCAGCAGCAGCAGCAGCAAUACAUGGAGAUGAUGAUGAAUCAACACAGGCAACAAGGGAAUGAGAUGUACCAUCCCAUGAUGUAUUCAAGGCCAUAUCCUCCAGUGAGCUACAUGCCGCCACCUCCAAUGCCGGGUCCUCAUGUGUCUGACCCUUACUCCCACUUCCUGAGUGACGAGAAUGCCAAUAGCUGCAAUAUAAUGUGAAAAAAGGCUGAAGAGUGUUUAGUUAAGUGUAUGAUUUAUUAUGUCCUCUCUUUUAGUAUUAGGUUUUUUUCCCCACUUCUUUCUUGUUCUAUGUUGGGGUAGAUGAUGAUAUGCCUGAUCUCUACUGUAAUAGAAAGUAAGAAAGGCCUGCAAACAGCUUGGUAGGUUUUUAUGAAGGUUUGCUGCUGAUUCUAUUUUGUGUUUUGAGAAAGUUGGUAGAAAAAUUUUGUACCAUUUGCAGCUACCUGCUCCGUUUGACUUGGUGGUGUAAAUUCCAGUUUUCAUCACUGAAAGUGAUGGAAUGAUAUAUUAUUCGAAUGGGUUUAAUAAUGCAG